AUGGACGACGGCCUGAUCGCCGGCAUGGCGGUGGUGGGCAUCAAGUUCCGGGACAACAUAAUCUUUGUGCCGGAGGUGCUGGUGGCGGCUCGGGCCAUGAAGGCAGGUAUGGCCCACGUCGAACCCAUACUGUCGGCAUCGGGAAUCGCACCCAUCGGAACCGUGGUGAUGGGGACGGUCAAGGGCGACCUGCACGACAUCGGCAAGAACCUGUGCAUCAUGAUGCUGCGCGGUGCGGGAUUCGUGGUGCACGACCUCGGUGUUGACACGCAGCCGGACGAAUUCAUCGACGAAGUGGUGGACAAGGAGGCGGACAUCCUGGGCAUGUCGGCGCUGCUGACCACCACCAUGCCCAACAUGGGCCGGACCAUCGAGGCGUUCGAGGAGGCCGGCCUGCGCGGCGAGGUGCGGAUAAUGGUGGGCGGUGCUCCGCUGUCGGAGGAAUUCGCCGACGACAUGGGAGCCGACGGCUACGGCAAGGACGCCAUGGCCUGCGUGGAUUUGGCCAAGGAGUUCGUCAGCCAGACGGGCGUCGAGACAGCGGUCGCGGCGGGCUGA